CACAAAAUGGCACUAACGAAUCACAGCAACGUCGAGUUCCGGUUAAUCCUAAAAGCAGUAGUAACAAGUUCACUCCAAAGGAGGAUGCUGUUACCGGCUUUCCAAUGGAUCCUCUGGUAGUAGACAAUGGUCAUGCUCGCCGUGUUCCUUUGAUGAAUGCUGGUCGUUCAUCCUCCACUUUGGGUCGAUCAAGUGGCACAGAUCCAAACGCCCAGAGAUUCUACACCUCUCAGAUUACUGCUGCCGAGAUGUCUAACCCAUCUACUGCAACUGGGCAGCGAGGCAAUACUGGUAAGCUGUCUAACCUUGGGGACAGUGCCAGGAAACAAUAUUUAAGAGAGCAUCGGUCGAGUUCAAGGUACAGUCAACUCGCUGCUGCUGACCAGUCUGACAAAUCCAAAUGGUCGCAAUCACAUCAAUUCCAAGAAAGACCGUCAUCUUCCCAUCGGAAGGAUGAAGUGGUGGCAGAUAAGGAGCCUGCAGGGGUGAAUGGCACAAGGAAGAACAGAGUCCAAUACUCAGGACCAUUGAUGCCUCCCUGGAUAAACAUGGAAGAGAUCCUUAAAGAGCACGAGCGGCAGAUCCAACAAGCCGUGCGAAGGGCUCGUCUGGACAAGGGAAAGGGCAAGCACGCCGAGAGAGACCAGUCGGAGUCGCUGCUGUAUGCUGCCCAGAGAGUGUAUUUACAAGGAGAGGAGAUGGAACAGAGCUACUCGGGACUCCGCCGCCGCAGUCUUUCUCGAUGGCCUUCUAUUUUUUCAUACCCUUGACCUUGAAUAUCAUGAUUGCAUAGCUGCGGUGGACACCAAGGGAGAGACAUGCCUGAUAUUCAGGGUCCCUGGUGGUCAGGUUCAUGAUUUUGGCCAGGCUGAUGAUUUUGUUCAACACAUGUUAUUCAAGGUUCCUGGUGGCCGGUUUGAUUAUUUUGGUCUGGCUCAUGGUUAAGGUAAAGGAAGCGCCAUCAAAAGAUAUCCUACAACUUUCUCAACUUUAUACUGCAUGAUAUGGACAUCAACAAUCCUUUUUCUAAUUGCAGACACCAAGGGUGUGUGCUUUUCAAGGUAAGAAGUG